AGAGAGGGAGGCACAGGCUGCUGCUGCUGCCGCCGCGAGAGGAGCCCGGCGGUUGCGCGCUGCUGCUGCCGCUGCUGCGAAGUGUUUUGCAGCCUUGGGGGGACGCGCGCGCGCACACUCCCGGGCUGGCGCUCGAGCGCACAGGGCUUCUCUUCCUUUGCAAAACUUUCGCCUUGCCAUCACCGCGCGCGCCAGGAUUUCUUUCCCGCUCCGCUCCUCCUCCUCCUCCGCAGCCGCCGCAGCAACCUUGAACUUUGGCAACGGGGUUUGACAGUACCGUGGUGUAUCAACCCCCGCGCCGCGACAGCUUCUCCAAGAGCGAUUGCAGAUCCGGGAAAGAAAGAAGUGGCGGUGGUGGUGCAAAACGCAGCGCGAGCGAGGGAAGGGAAAAGUCUCGCCAACCCCCCCUCCUCCUUAACUCCUGCUGCAUUCCAUCCAUUCAGCCCCCCCCCCCCCCGCACACCAUCCGGUUUCUCUCUCUCUCCCCCCCCCCAGCCCCAAUCCACCAGCAGCAACUGCAGCAGCAGCAGCAGCAGCACCAAGCCGGAGUCUCCGAGACACAAGAGGGUUAAAAAGUGCAGAUUGGAUUUCACCCCGGGAAAUCCAGCGCUCGGAGUGAACUUGAAUCUCUUUUGGCUAUUUAAGGAGGACUGGGGUUUGUCGGGAACUCGCGGCGCUCCGCGGUCGCUCCUUCUUGAUUCCGAUUUCGCCCGAUGACUCUUAACAUGAACAGAUGAGACCGUUGCGCUUUUGAUACUUUUUCUCUCCGCAGAAGCGCAUUCUCAGAGCGAAGUCAUGAUGUAUUCUCCCAUCUGUCUCACUCAGGAUGAAUUUCACCCAUUCAUUGAGGCACUUCUCCCACACGUCCGUGCAAUCGCUUACACUUGGUUCAACCUUCAGGCUCGAAAACGCAAGUACUUUAAGAAACAUGAAAAGCGAAUGUCAAAGGACGAGGAAAGAGCGGUCAAGGAUGAGCUACUUAGUGAAAAGCCUGAAAUUAAACAGAAGUGGGCUUCCAGGCUUCUUGCCAAGCUGCGCAAAGAUAUCCGCCAAGAGUACCGGGAGGAUUUUGUGCUAACUGUUACCGGGAAGAAGCACCCGUGCUGUGUGUUGUCCAAUCCUGACCAGAAGGGUAAGAUUAGGAGAAUCGACUGCCUGCGACAGGCAGACAAAGUCUGGCGUCUGGAUCUAGUCAUGGUGAUCCUCUUUAAAGGUAUCCCUUUGGAAAGUACGGACGGAGAGCGGCUCAUGAAAUCCCCCCAUUGCACAAAUCCAGCACUUUGUGUCCAGCCACAUCAUAUAACAGUAUCGGUCAAGGAGCUUGAUUUGUUUCUGGCAUACUACGUCCAGGAUCAAGAUUCUGGACAAUCAGGAAGUCCAAGCCACAAUGAUCCUGCCAAGAACCCACCAGUGUAUCUUGAGGAUAGUUUUGUAAAAUCUGGAGUCUUCAAUGUAUCGGAACUGGUGCGGGUGUCGAGAACGCCUAUAACCCAGGGAGCUGGAGUGAACUUCCCCAUUGGAGAACUUCCAAGUCAACCAUACUACCAUGACAUGAACUCGGGUGUAAACUUACAGAGGUCACUAUCCUCUCCACCAACCAGUAAGAGACCCAAAACUAUAUCCAUAGAUGAGAAUAUGGAACCAAGCCCAACAGGGGACUUUUAUCCUUCCCCCAAUUCACCAGCUGCUGGGAGCAGGACAUGGCAUGAAAGAGAUCAAGAUAUGUCUUCUCCUACAAUGAAGAAAACCGAAAAGCCUUUGUUUAGCACUACAUCUCCCCAGGAUUCUUCACCAAGACUGACCACUUUCCAGCAUCACCAUCCAGGGAUCCCGGGAGUUACACACAGUGUCAUCUCAACUAGAACUCCUCCUCCACCUUCACCUUUGCCAUUCCCACCACAAGCUAUUCUCCCUCCUGCUCCAUCUAGCUACUUCUCUCACCCAACAAUCCGGUAUCCUCCUCACCUGAAUCCUCAGGAUACUCUGAAGAAUUACUCUUAUGACCCGUCCAGUCCACAAACCAGCCAGCCUAACAGCAGUGGUCAAGUAGUAGGGAAAAUGCCUGGCCAUUUUACUCCAGUUUUGGCACCCUCUCCCCAUCACAGUACGGUGCGGCCUGUGACCCUGACCAUGACAGACACUAAGCCCAUCAUUACAUCCACUGAAGGUGAGGCAUCUUCACCUACAGCAACCACCUACACAGCCUCAGGCACAUCCCAAGCCAAUCGAUAUGUGGGACUAAGUCCAAGAGACCCUUCUUUUCUACACCAACAACAGCUGAGGAUUUGUGACUGGACCUUGAAUCAAAACGGCAGGCAUUUAUACCCCAGUGGCAAUGAGGAUACAUUGGGAAUUACUUGGCAAAGUCCUGGUACCUGGGCUAGCUUGGUCCCUUUUCAGGUAUCAAACAGGACACCAAUCCUGCCGACAAACGUCCAAAAUUAUGGUUUGAACCUAAUUGGAGAACCUUUCCUUCAAGCAGAAACAAGCAACUGAGGGAGAUUGAAACUGAACAAAAUACUAUAAAAGAAAGGAAGACGGGACAAAAAAAAAAAAGAAGAAGAAGAAGGAAGAAGAAGAAGAACCUGAAGAACGAAGAAACAUAGACCAGCAAUUGCAGCACUUACAAUCACUAAUUCCCUUAAGGUUGAACUGUAACGGUGUUUUUAAAAAAAGGGUCGACGAUAUUUCACUGAUGAGUAGAAAGAUGUUCCUCCUAAGUAGCCUUUGUUCUAUGAAAUCCACUGGGAAAUAGAUGUUCUGUCUCUGACAAUAUAUUUUAACUGACUUUCUAGAUGCCUUAAUAUUUGCAUGAUAAGCUAGUUUAUUGGUUUAGUAUUCUUGUUGUUUACGCAUGGGAUCACUAUUCCUGGUUAGCUCUCAAAACAAAGGCUAGGAGACAUCCACCAGAGCUGCAGGAGAAUUGGGGCCAGUGAGCCAGCUUUUCUCAGCACUCUAAUUUCUAAAAGUUUUUUUUCUCUCUAAGGAAAAAAAACCAAACAAUUUAGCCUUUAAUGAUCAAUCCAAAUUUGUUUAACUUUGGCCCUUAUAACCCAGCCUUUUCCUACUGCGUUACCUAGUUUGAAACGGUUCAGGAAGUCAUUGAAACAAACAGGCAUUUUAUAGAAUUGAUGCCUCACUUUAGGUUUAAAUAAUGUGUUAUCUUCUCAUAUGACCGUAAAAACAAAAAAGAGAAAGACACGAAAAAUAACUUUACCCCCCCCCACUAAGGAAAACACUUAGAGGCAAGUGCAAUUUUUUUAAAAAGUAUAUCUAAAGGGGAUCAUUGUUAUAAGUCCUUUAGCCCUUGGACUCUAAAUUGAGGGGAUUAAAAAGAAGAAGAAGAAGAAUUUCAAAGGUAUUUUGAACAAAUCUAUUUUCCCCUCAGUUUUGAAGGGGGGCAUUAAAAGGCAUUAAUUAAAUCAAGACAAAUCAUGUACUUGAGAAAAAAAGAAAUUGAUUGAAACACAGCACUUAUGUUGAUUUUAGCUUCUGCCUCCUUUGAGGCAUUUUAUUUAUUUAAAGUUACUGGUUGCAUCAAGAAGAACCCCUAGAGAAUGGGAAAGGUUCUAUAAAACCUUCAUCACAGAGACGGGAGAGAGGUAAAUCCACAUCAUAGGGACAAAGCUUACAGUUUACAAACUGGGAAUGCCAGGUUGUCAGGUUGGGUGGGUGGGGGGUGAAAUAUAUUUUUUAAAAAUGCACUCUUUUAGAAAGUCUGAUAACAGGGUGCUGAAAUCUUUGCAUGGUGCUCUCAGAAAUUAGCCUUGUUUGACACACUUCUCAUAUUGACAGGAACGUGCAUGGGCAGAUACAUUUUGCCUCUGUGUCUCUAUAAAAAAAAAAUUAAUGAAAACUACUUUAUCCAGUAAUCCUAAUUUGCACGAAGUUAUAAUGUCCACAUAACGUGCCUUGCCUUGAAAUCUUAAAAAAAAAAAGUGACAUCACUACACUUGUUUUGCUGCAUUUCUUAUCAUUUAAAAAUCUUUACCAUUUUUAUGACAAAAUAUUUUGUACUCCAAGAUGGGAAAACGAAAAAAAGAAAAAAAGUGUGACAUCAUGGAUUUUUUAAGCAGUUAUAACUUUAUCUCACAUUUAUAAAGCAUAUCAUGGCUGUGUAUAGUUGCCGCUUGAAAAUUGUAAUCGACCAGCAAUAUUUUCAGUAUUUUGGUGUUUUUUCUAUUAAUCUUUCAUGUUUUUCAUCUUCCAAUUAAUAUUGGGGGGAGGGGAUUCAAAUUUAUACGAAUUAUGCAAUACCAAGUUUUGCCUAUGUAGGUAGUGCUUUUUAGCUGUAUCGGUUAUUCUAGGUAAGUACACAGAUUUAAAAGACAAAAGAUUAAUGUAUGCUUUUUCGUUUGUUCGUUUGUUCGUUUUUGUUUGUUUUAAUUGACCAAAGUGGGUACUGCUAUUUUUGCAGUGUAAUGAGGUCCUUUUGUGUACUGAGAGAUGGACAGGGGAAUUUUUUGUUUUGUUUAUACAUACAUAGAUCUAUCUAUUCUGGGCGGGUGGGAAGAAUUUGUGAACAGUGUAGCUGUGAAGCAGUGCGGCACUGCCAGGUGGGGGCUACAAAGCGACUCUUCUGCCUACUGUGAUAAAAAAAAUAUCUCAAAAAGGUGUCUUCUUUUUAACUUUCCACCUGGGGUGCAAGCUGAAGUCAUUUCUGGUUUUAAAACAACAGUGGUAAAUAAUGACAAUGAUAAGUACUAAUAAUGGAUUCCGUUGGAGGCAGACUUGACUUGAACAACAAAACAACACUCGAUUCCCCCCCCCCCAAGACCCACAGAGAGCAGCAGCCUAUUAAUUUUUUUUACAAAAUAAAAAUAAUGAAUAAAAGCAUAUUUUGAAGUAGGGAUCAGAUACACAUUGACGUACCAAUAAAACCUUUUUUCUUCUCCAAAGUCAGCUUAUUACGCUAUGUUUUGUAUUGCACACAGAUACCCAAGCAUAAAAUACAGAUGCAUACAGACUCCAACAUUUCUCCCGUGAAAAUAGGGACGUCAAUAAUAAUAAUAAUAAUAAUAAUAAUAAUAAUAAUAAUAAUAGUAAUAAUAAUAUAAUUUUACGCCGCCCAUCUGACUGGGUUGCCCCAGUCACUCUGGGCGGCUUCCAACAUAUAUAAAAACAUAAUAAAACAUUAAUAAACUUCCCUAUACAGGGUUGCCUUCAGGUGUCUCCUAAAAGUUGUAUAGUUGCUUAUCUCCUUGGCUCGGGAGUUGCAUAACUGCAUACCCUCCCAACAUUUCUCCGAUCUAAACAGGGACAUCCUAAGGAAAAGUGGGACAUUCUGGGAUCAAAACAGAAACCAGGACAGCUUCUGUAAAUCUGGGGCUGUCCUUCGAAAAUAGGGACCCUUGGAAGGUCUAGCCACUGUAACAUAGUGAAGUCCUUCUGUUUGAGAGCCUGGUUAUACGUGGCAUCUUCUCAUAUUGAUAGCAGUUGCUUCUGGCAGUGGUAUAACUGGUAGGUAGGAGCCACUGCUGUUAAAUUUGUGAUAUGGCACCCUCUUUUUGCAUUGUGUUCCUAGCACUGGCAGGCAAGGGGCGAGCCAGUGCUUCUGAAGAGGCAAAACUGACUUCUUCCCAUGCAGCUUGUCUAAAGGGACUCUAAGAUUGGGCCCUGUUUCCCUGUUUUCUACCUGGGGGGCAGUGUGGGGAGAGAUGUUAGCCCUGUGCAGAUUGUAGUAUUCUGUGUGUAACAGCUGCUCACGAUGGCACCAGCCAGCCUAGCCUAGUAUCCUCAUUGCACAUUAUGCAUCAAGAGGGGGCUGAGUAGCGUGUGUCAAACUCUUCUCCCCUCCCCAUAGAAAACUAGUAUCUAGACAGGGCUAAUGUGUGUGUUCUUCACAACAGACAUGUAUUUUGUCCUUGGGUACCUAUUAUACCUGAAUACCGAACGUCAUCUGAAAAGCUGUUCCAAGAUGUAUAUACCCAAGACCCACGCUUUUCGGUCUGCCAUUGGCUUCGUAUGGGCAGGCAAUUUUAUCUACUAUAGCAAAAUUACCAAGAAAUGUUAUCCAUUUCGAAAAAGUUUCCCAACCUGUCUUUUUUCCCUGGAACUGACAGAUACGUGCCCACAGAGGAUGGACUCUAUGGCAGGGUGACAUUUCCCUUCAGAAUAGGAAGGAGAAUAGUUUGGGAGAAUAUACUGUAACAUUCUGCAACCGCAAAGUGCUCAGAGCCACAGUGAACACUUUUGGUGCUCCUUGUAGGAUAUGCCCAUAGUUAGUCACUUUCCCACUUCUUCACAGCAGCUUCCUUACGCUGCAUCGGAAACCAGUGUAAAAAUUGCCUUGAAUCUAAAAGAAGCCGACUAAAGAUAGCUCAGAAGCCCCACUUUAUGGUGUUACCUACCUGUAUGUGGCUUUUUGGAUAACGGGCUAUGUUUCGACCAAUUUGCACGAUAGUCACCACCUAUGGCGAAUGUUGCACUUGCUUUUGUGUUCUCCCUUUCGGAUUCUCUUUAAAAUGGUGAUGAACAUGACCAGCUAUUGAACGUGGGCUUUUUCCAGAGUUAUCUCGACUUCCAAUUUAGAGGCAGCAUCAGUUAGAACAUUUUUUAAAGAGAGUUCUAUCAGCAAAACCAAAUGACAGUGGCAAAGCUUAGGGGUUUUCUUUUUUAUAAAAAACAACCACACAACAGCAACACAAUUUUUAAAAAUGUAAGCUUCAUAUUUUGAUGAAUCCAGAAUUAAUUGACUAAAUAUGUGGUUAUCUGAAAUAACUGAAAAGUACAAGGUUUCACUGAAAUCUCUUAGGCUAUGGCCCCAUAAAAUAGGUCAUUAUUGUUUUCCUGGCUUAUCAGUUAACAAUGAGCAGGUAUGGACUAUUCAGGACACUUCGUAAACCCAGAACAGUGAAGCUGACUGAAACAUAUACUUCAGACUUUAAAGUGCAAUAAUUUAAUAGAUUUUGAUUCCCAAAUGAACUCCUGAACAAUUGUUGCAUUAAUGAAACAAAUUUAUAACAAUAGGGAAGAUGAUCUUAUUUAUAGAAGGCUAACUUGCUCUGUGAAAACAAUUUUGCCCCAUUGAAUUUUUUUGGUAUCCAACCCCUAACAACACUUAAUGUGCAAGUUUAGUAAUCUCAGGGCUGUGAUCUCUGUGGGUUUUUUUCUGCCUUCCUUUUUGACAAUACAGCCGUACUUUGGUUUUCGAACAGCUUAGUUCUCGAAUGUUUUGGCUCCCGAACACCGCAAACCCGGAAGCGACUGUUCCAGUUUGUGAACUAUUUUUGGAAGCCAAAUGUCCGACGGGGCUUCCGUGGCUUCCGAUUGGCUGUUGGAGCUUUCUGCAGCCAAUCGGAAGCCGUGCUUUGGUUUCCGAACGUUUUGGAAGUCGAAUUCCAGAACUUCCGGAAUGGAUUACGAUCGACUUCCAAGGUACGACUGUACCCAUCAAAAACAUACUAUUCUUAAAUUUUUCCUUAAAGCUGAGAAUUCAGUUGUUCAACGAAAUGUCGCGAACUCAAAUCUAGUCUGAGCCUCCUUCCUUCAUCAGGAACUAUGACUAAAUCAAGUCACCCUGUUCUAUGUGCACUGUUCUGCCUUUUAUUCAGUUGCUUUGGAGCCCCGGCCCGUUGGCAGUGCUACUGAAGUGUGUUUUCCCCUAGAGUGACGUGAACGUUCGAGGCUUGACUAAGGGGGUGGGGGAGGCAGCGAAGGAGACUGUACAUAAAGACAUGGCAAAAUAUUAAAUAUAGCAAUAUAGGUGUGUUCAGGUGGGCAGCUCCAUUUAAAAUAUGUGAAUGAACCUGUGAAGCUGCAGUUUGAGAAGAAUGGAGAAUCUUCUUAAUGGACCCACCUACCUUGUAGACAGUAAUUUGUACACUGUAUAGUUUUGUUAAGAUUUUCUCUCUUCUUUUUUUUUAAAGCACCCUCGUUUGUAAAGCUAAUUUUUAGCAAUUAUAAUGGAAAUGUGUGCCAUUUCCGCUUUUAAAGUAAACAAGAAUAUUCCUUGUUUGGAAGCUGGACUUGAGUUAAAACUCUCCAGCUUCUUAAUUUAUGUAUUAAAACGGGGAGAAAAUAAAUCUGUCCAUGUUAGGAGAUAUUUCGCUAUGCUUGAAAAGCAUAGGCUACUAAUCCUUUUAAAAGAAAUUGUAAAUGGAGAAAAGUUAUAUUUUAUGAAGGUUAUUUUGUUGUAUUUAGUAUUGGAAAAGUUGGGUUUUGGAGCAUUUCAGAAUGUUGGAAGCACCACUGUCGUUUUAUUUUUUUAUUUUUUUUUAUUAGUAUAUAUGGCCUUUAGCAAAAGUUUUUGUGAUUGUUACAUGAUGGUAUUUAAAGAGUAGGUUCACAGAGCAUUCAGGACAGACAGAAAACUAAGACAGUACUUAGGUCUCACAUAGCUGUGUCCUCAGGGAGCAAAAGUUUGGAUUUGCAACUAGGACAUUCGUAAGGACUUAAAUGGAUGAGAUUGCACAAGAACAGACUGAGCUUUGUCAGCAGAGUUUGUGUCCUGUCCCUAAAAAAACACACCAACCCUCUAAAUUUUGUGUACUGUGUGAGAUUGCAAAGGCUGCAGAGAGCUAUCCCAUAUUUGAUGUACAGUAUUGACUUCUUUUUUUAAAAAAGAAAAAUAAACGACUCUUACAACAUUGCUGGCAGUUAAUGCCUUUAAAAAGCAUGACAUUGAAUAUAGUUUACAUGUUCCUUUCAAGGUCUUUUGUUAACAUUUACCAGCUGCAUGCUUCCUAGGCUCAUUAUUUUUUAUUGGGUUUCUAUAGAAAAUGCUUAAAAAUGGAUAAAUAAAUGAAACAAAAUAGAAUGCAGGCUAAUCACGUUGAACAGUGAAAGCUCAUAAUUGAAUGUCCUCUAUGCCGAAGGAGCUGAAACCUGCCUCCUUCUUAUUUGCACUUUCUGAUAGUCCCCCCUGUUUUAUUUCCCCCCUAUUUCCUCAAAAUUGUGUGGGUGUGCUGGAGCACCGCAGUUGGAGGACAACAUGGACCACUGGGUUUGCCCUUUGACCCUGCACAAUGACCUUUGCAUCAGCCAAACUUAUUGCCAUGACAACUCUUGUACUGUUUCCAUGCCACAGCUCUAAUGGUCACAUUUGUUAAUAGUAAAAAGGGGACAAAGUAGGAGAUGGUCAAUUUAUACAUUAUUUUUGUUGUUGUUAUUGUUGUCGUUGCAUUUUUUUUCUCUUCUCCUCUUUCAAUGGUUGUAAGUAGUUUUUUUAUAUAUAUAAUAAAAAGGGUUCCGUAGUUAUUACUCUUAGGAAUAUCUGUGUGUUGAAAUUCAAAUGUAUGUUGAAUUUGUGAAAGGAGCUUCAGUGCCACUAGCAAACCCCCAAGCCUUUGACACUUGUAUUUGCAUGAGUCAAUUCCAGGACAACAGCAACAAAAACCCCGAAACAGAACAAGAACGUGGCCUCUGUAAAUGGAAAACAAAAUGUGAGCUAGUGACACUAAAGCUGGACUUUGUAUUACUGUAUUUUUGACAGAAUGGUUUCGAAAACUGUGCUACAGGGACUGAUGUGGCAAAUGUGUAUCUAUAUGCAGAAGGACUUUUUUUAAAAAGAGGGGAGGGAAAGAAGUAUGGCUUAUUAUGCAUUCUUCAUACGAGGGCAUUGAAGUUGCAUGGACUAGUUAAAAGUUGAUGCAAAACGAGAGAGAGAGAGAGAGAGAGCGACAAAAAAACCAGCAAAAAUGUUUACCAAAAACAAAAAAAGAAAGAGAGAGAGAGGGAGGGAGGGAGGGGGAAAAGAAGAAAAUAAAUAAAAAAACAAAAAUAAAAAAACAAAUGACCAGUGCCUGUUCAGUUUCACAGUCUCUGUUGAGUUCAGUUGUAAAUAUGUUUCAGAUAACAUUUACUUCAAAAAUGGAAAUAAAAAAAUUAAAAAAACCGAAAAAACAUUGUAGAAUGUGAGGGGUAACUUCAUCCCAGGCUUAGGCUUCUCAAAAGCUACAUUAGAUUAUGUCUUCAUCAAGCUGUUAAUUUGUGCUUAUAUCAUAUAGGACUUUAGUGAACUGGGAAGAAACGCCCCAAAUCUCAAUGAUAUUUCUCCGAGAACAACUUUUGUAGGGCUGUGUGUUUCUUUAGAUACAUUUAGUACAACUGUAGGUGACGAGUAGUCAGUUAUUGCUUGCUAGCUACACACCAAGGUUGAUCCAUUUUAAAACUUUUGGCAUUCCCGCCCCCCGCCCCCAAUCUCAACCUCUCCUCCACCCAUUGCCAGAGGCCCCAUAUACUGACAGCUGUACUUCUGGGUUUUUUUUUGUUUCGUGUUUUUUUUUUUAAAAGCAUGCACAAUCUUGGUGUAAUGACAUUUUACCCUAGGAUGUAUUUACACUCUACAAACUUAACUUUUAGAACUGGGGCCUCAGGCAACCAGGGCCCUCUUAUGAGCCAAAAGGUUUGCAAGCCAGGGUUUGUCCGGGAGGAGAGUUCUGCCUGUUUUGGAGGACGGGAGUUUUCGUUGGGGUACUUUUUUCUGUAGGUUACAAAAACUCAGCUGCCGCAAGUUUUAAACUGGUGUAAAUCAAGCUUGAGUUAAUGUGAUUUACUGUUAUAUCCAGCCUAUACUGCUAGCAGCUGCUCAUACUGCUGUCAAUUACUGGAAGCAGAUAUAUUUCCUAUGCAAAAACUGUUUAAACAAUAAAAUGAGCUAUGCUACA